AUGUCACCUAGUGAAGUAUUCUCGUGCAAAUAUCAGUCAUUAUCAAUGAAUCCAGCAGUGAAGCGAAGGGCUCAACAGGAUACCCAAAGUUCAAACAAUAAUCAGAGAAUCAUUGCAACACUUCUUAGUUUGAUACCAGAUAGAGAACAGAAAAUUCAGUUAGUUGACAUUCCGACAAUUUCCGUUGGAAGAAGUCGAUCAUGUAACAUCGUACUUUCAGAGCCAGAUAUCUCAACCAUACAUGCUGAACUGUACACCAUUGAGGUACAAAUUAACGGAUUCAAGCGUAAAAUGAUCAAUAUCACCGAUAAAAGCCGUAAUGGAACGUUUGUGAACGGUGAUAGGCUCAUCAGAAAAGACUAUGUUUUAAAGAAUGGUGAUAAAAUAGUAUUCGGGAAAAGCUGUUCAUAUCUUUUCAAAUAUGCUACACUUACAGAAAAUGGACUAAGUCAAACAACAGCCACUCAAAUUUCACAAACUACGCAAAACAGCGAUUAUGAUGGGGUUUUCAGAAAACCUUUAUUCAGUAGUCAAAAUACAACCAAGAAACUAUCAAGAACAAGGGAGCAGCCCAGAUCCUUUUUCGACAAAUACUUAGCUGGGAAAGAAUUAGGAACUGGCCAUUACGCGAUUGUCAAGGAGGCUAGGAAUAAGGAAACUGGUGAGACCGUCGCGGUAAAGAUAUUCCAUCCUCAACAAAAUGACGAUGACAAAAGAACAAAAAAAUUCACAGAAGAGACUAAGAUCCUUCUAUCUAUCCAACAUCCGAAUAUAGUUAAACUCAUAGAUAGAUUUGUUGAACCGGUCAGCAAAACACAGAUUCAAACGUAUUUGGUGCUUGAAAAGAUCAAUGAUGGCGAAUUGUUUGAAAGGAUUGUUCGAAAAAAUAACCUUCGGGAGGAUGAGACUAAAGCUUUGUUUAGGCAAUUACUAAAUGGGUUGAAAUACUUGCAUAGUAGAAAUAUCAUUCACAGAGAUAUCAAACCUGAAAAUAUUCUCUUGAGUAUAAGUAAAAGACGUUCCCCAGAAGAAAUUGCUUUAGGGCCCUGGGAUGACGACGAAUUAGAUAUACAAGUUAAAAUAGCAGAUUUUGGGUUGGCGAAAUUCACCGGUGAAAUGAAGUUUACCAAUACACUAUGUGGAACACCUUCUUACGUUGCUCCUGAAGUUUUAGUCAAAACAGGGUAUACAUCCAGAGUAGAUAUGUGGAGUGCUGGCGUUCUUCUAUAUGUUUGUUUGUGUGGAUUUCCACCAUUCAGUGAACAGCUAGCCCCACCUAGUAUGAAAGAGCAGAUAUUGCAAGGAAAGUUUGCAUUUUACUCACCGUAUUGGGACAAUAUCGAUGAUUCUGUCUUACACUUAAUUUCUAAUCUACUAGUUGUGAAUCCCGCAAGCAGGUUCUCUGUAAAUGACGCACUUACGCAUCCAUGGUUCACCAGCAAUAACGCUGAAGUCACGAUGGGUAAUGAAAGAAGAUCUCAGUUAGAGCCAGGUAGACUACCAAAAACCUUCUCUGAAUUAUCUAAUCUUCAAAAAUAA